AUGGCUGCCAACCUACCGCGUCUCCCCGUCCUCCUCUUCAUCUUCCUCGACGUCCAUGUCCCCUCCACCCAUGGCGACCCUCCUCUUCCGAGCACUUACGACGUCUCCAUGUGCUCGGAAUCCACCUGGUGCGGCAGCGUCGAAAUCCACUACCCAAACGGCUUGGCACGGACCGGCGCAAGACCGCCAAGUCCACGCGUUGAAAUCCACUACCCGUUCUACCUUGCCAACGCAACCGAAACAAUCGCCGAUUACAGCGGGAACAUCUUCUCUUGCGGCUACACUGACUUGAGCAUUUCCUGCAAACUCGAGGGGCAGACCUGGAUCCCUACCAUCCGUCUCGACGGCGACGACUACACCGUCGAGAACAUAUCCUACCACUACGACCAUCAGACCAUCCUACUGGUGGACAGCGAUGUGCUCGGAGGCGCAGGCGGCGACUGCCCUGCUGUCCGCCAUGAACAUAGCAGCAGCUACAACGACAACCUCACCUUCCUCUUCGGCUGCGACCGACGCGGUCCCGUGCCGCCUGAAUUCGACGCAUACAAAAUCAACUGCACGCAGUUCAAGAGUCCGCCAGGUGCUGGCCCUGGAGACUCCUUCGUGGUCAUUAUGAUUGAUGAGCAUGACAGGUAUCUGGAGCAAGAAUUGGCUACGAACUGCGGCAACACCAUGGUUGUCAGCGUGCCAGUGAGAGGCGAUGUUCUGAUGGCAGCAAGUUAUACCAAGAGCAACUUCACAAGCGGCGGAUACGGAGACGUGCUUAAGCGUGGGUUCGAGUUGGAAUGGAGCCGUAUCACAGAGGAUGGGUGUCACCUGUGCGAGGCGUCGAACGGGCAAUGCGCCUAUAGCCAGCACAGGGACUUCCUGGGCUGCUUGUGCGACGGAGGGAAGGUUGGCAGCCCGGACUGCAAACACAUCGUCCCUGCGACUGCGAGCACCGCAACUGCAUCACGUACAGAGCUGGAAAUUCUGGCUCCUGCUUGCAUCAUUCGACAAGGAUGUUUACAGCCUCGCGACCCUCGUUCUGCUUUUUGCACCAAAUCCGUCCUUUUUUCUCGUGAGCGAGAUUCAUCAGGCGGCCUGGCGGCCUGCCGUGCUCCACGAGCAGAGGCGGUAUUGCCCCUGUUUCCGAGUGGAACAAGGACCAGGAUGCUAAAUGACAGGUAUCUGGAGCAAGAAUUGGCUACGAAGUGCGGCAACACCAUGGUUGUCACCGUGCCAGUGAGAGGCGAUGUUCUGAUGGCCGCAAGUUAUAACAAGAGCAACUUCACAAGCGGCGGAUACGGGGGAGUGCUUAAGCGUGGGUUCGAGUUGGAAUGGAGCCGUAUCACAGAGGAUGGGUGUCACCUGUGCGAGGCGUCGAACGGGCAAUGCGCCUACAGCCAGCACAGGGAAUUCCUGGGCUGCUUGUGCCACAGAGGGAAGGUGGGCAUCCCGGACUGCAAACACAUCGCAUCAAGAUCAAAACGGAAAACACCAAUUAUUGUUGGUAUUGUUGCAGGCACGUUGUCACUUCUAUUCCUGUGUCUAGUUAUUCUCAAAUUCUUCUCCACUUCUAAAGAUGGUUUGCUGCCCUUCAAAUCGAAGGAUGAACCAAGGGUUGAGUCAUUUCUACAAAAGAACGAGGACCUACAUCCAAAAAGAUACACUUAUGCAGAUGUGAAAAGGAUGACAAAAUCCUUUACUGUGAAGCUAGGCCAAGGUGGAUUUGGUGCUGUAUACGGAGGCAAGCUCUACGAUGGCUGCCAGGUAGCAGUUAAGAUGCUAAAGGACACCAAAGGUGAUGGAGAGGAAUUUAUGAACGAGGUGGCUAGUAUUAGCAGAACUUCUCAUGUUAAUGUUGUGAUACUUUUAGGAUUUUGCAUACAAGGAUCCAAAAGGGCACUUAUUUACGAGUACAUGCCUAAUGGUUCGCUCGAAAGGUACGCCUUCAAUAGCAACAUGAAUCGUGGAAAUUCACUAAGUUGGGAGAAAUUAUUUGACAGCAAUUGGCACGGCUAG